AUGGAUCUCGGUACGAUUCGGUCGCGUGUGGAAGCCAAGUUCUAUCGGAAAUGGAAAUUAUUUAAGAAGGACGUUGAGCUGGUGUGGCAGAAUUGUCGCACCUUCAACGCUCCCGACACGUUGGUAGUGCAGUUUGCCGACAUGCUCUCGAAGCUGUCGCGCUCCAUGUGCAUCACUGCAGAAAAGAAAGGUGUGGAUCGGAUGAAGGACAAGAGGAGUGACGGCGAAGAAAGUAACAACGACAGUGACGAUAUCGUGAGCGACGCGAGCAAAACAGAGUCUGCCAACAAAGCGUGGACAGAGAGCAGUGCGUCAGAGAGCAGCGACUCCAGCAAUGACGGGUCGUCGUCUAAUAGGGACAGCGAUAGUGAGGCAGGUGGUCGCAAGCAAAGACCAUCGCGCUCGUCGUCAAAGAAACUGCACACUCGCUCACGACCUACAAAGCCCAGUCGAACCAGGAACAAGCGAAGUAGUCGGAGUACUCCGAGUCGUUCGUCCAGGAAGCGUCCGGCGCCCACAUCAAGCAGUGAAGACGAGUCUUCAGCUUCAGGCGACGAGGUGUCUUCUCCUGUUCGGAAGAAUCACCGUCCCGCUCGAGGGUCAACUACCAAGGCUAAAGGCAAAACUGACCCUCCUACGGAGGACGAAGACUUCAGUGCUGACGAAAAGGCGAACACGCGGCCCCCUCCACCUCAAAAUGGCGCUCCGUCACCUUCUCCGCCACCUCCGCCACCCCCACAAGUGGCUCAGAAGCGUCCAAAGCCACGACUUAUCAUUAAUGAUAGCUCCAGCUCCGACAGCUCCGAUAGUGACGGGAACUCGUCUUCGUCGUCGUCCUCUGACUCAGAGGCGUCCGAUAGCGACACACCGCCUGACGCAUCUUCCGGGUACACGACACACUCGCCGGCGCUGUUGAAUUCGUAUCUCUCGCCGACUUCGUCGUCGUCGUCCGACUUUUCUUCGGGUGACAGCGAGUCCAGUGAUGGAGACAGCGACAGCGACUGA